CGGCUCUCACUGUAUUGUGGGUAAAGAACUAUUUCAAGAUGUCGUUGCCCUCACUGUCUAGGGUGCUGUCAGUGGGGAGACAUUUGUGGAAUGGGUUGAGGUUACAAGGGGCAUUGGAUGAUUCAGGGAAGAUUGUAGGUAUAUUGCCGAGAUCAAGCUCACAGUCCGUACAUCAAUGUUCAUCUUUCCAUUCUUCUGCUGUAAGCAAUGGGCUUGAAGAAUUCUUUGAUGACCCCAAGAACUGGGGAGAGAAGACAGUGAAGUCUGGUGAUGCAUGGACAGAAGAACAGCUCAGAGGCAAAAGCAAUGAAGAUUUGCAUAAACUUUGGUAUGUCUUACUUAAAGAGAAAAACAUGCUCUUAACGUUAGAACAGGAAUCUAAAAGACAGAGAUUGGCUAUGCCAAGUCCAGAGCGUCUGACUAAGGUGGAGGACACUAUGAAGAGGAUUGAUACUGUUGUUACUGAAAGAGAAGAUUCACUCAGGCUUCUACAGACUGGUCAAGAAAAUGCAAGGCCAGGAGACUGGAGGAGGAACUGUUUCGGGGAAACAUUCUGGCACACAUGCAAGGAAUGGCCAAUGCCUUGGUAUAUGAACACAGGAUAUAAGAAAAAGAAGUUCUUUGCAUUGCCAUAUGUAGACCAUUACAUUAGGUUAAGGAUAGAGAAGCAUUUGCGCAUGAAAGCAAGAAAGAAGACUGAGGAAAAACAUAAAAUGCAAGACUUACAAAAGAGGUUUCCAUCUAUGGCUAAAACAGCUUAAAGCAAAACCCCUGUACAGUAUUGUGCUCAAGAUUUUCAUUUACUGAAUAUACAAUAAAAUAUUCUUUGUUUAUCA